UAUUUGAUGGUUUGGUGCGAUUUGUGGCCAUUUUUGUCUCAUUGAGUGACUGUGUGUUGAUUUUGAAGUCCAAUCAUAUGACCUCUGUUUGAGUGAUCACAUGACCACUUCAUGAACAACUCGUGACUACUGUACUGAACGCCAAAAUUGAAUUCAUGGACCGAUUGGUCGAUAAUAACAGUUCCCCCGAAGACACCGAUGAUACACAACAGAUCACAGCUGACGGUGACGACGAUCCCGGCAUCGACUCCAACGACGAGAACUCGCAGUCCAUGAGGAGUGAGGGCCGGUCCUCUCAACCGCAAAGUAGGCCUCACUUUACCAUUGAGUUUGACGCA